CCCUGGUGGUAUAAAAGUGACGGAGCAAAUACAAUCGGAACACACAAGCCUCGUGAUCCUCUGACAAUGAAAAUAUAUACCAAGUGAAAAAGUUGCAAAUUUAAUUUUUUUUUUUUUUAAAUCGUGUUUUUAAGUUUACAUCAAAUUUUUCAUUUAUUAAUUUUUUAUUUGAGCUUUAAUUAAUCAUAACUUAGUGACUAUUUUUUAAUUGAUUUUUAAAUUUAAUUUUUAUAUAUUUUAUCAAUCAACAUGCAAGGUCUUGUUUUGACAUUAGUGGUAACAGCAGCAUGCAGUGCAUGGGCUGCACCAGCACCAGAAGCACCACUUGAUUCAUAUUAUCCACCAUCAUCUGGACCAAUUGGUGGUCAAGGUGGUGGUUAUCCAAGUGGUCCAUCAGAUACAUAUGGACCACCACAAAGACAAUCAGUUAUUCAUAAACAUGUUUAUGUACAUGUACCACCACCAGAAGCACCAGAAUAUAAACCACCAAAAUAUCUUCCACCACCAGCAGCACCACAAAAACAUUAUAAAAUUGUAUUUAUAAAAGCACCAACACCACCAACACCAACAGCACCUGUAUUACCACCAUUACCACCACAAGAUGAAGAAAAAACUCUUAUUUAUGUUUUGGUUAAAAAACCAGAAGAAGCACCUGAAAUUUCAAUUCCAACUGUUGCACCAACACAACCAUCAAAACCAGAAGUUUACUUUAUCAAAUACAAGACACAAAAGGAACAAGGUGGAAGCCAAUAUGGACCACCAUCACCACCACAAGAUAAUUAUGGACCUCCACAAAAUGGCAAUUCUGGUGGACCUUACUAAAUAAAGAAAAAAAAAAAAUUACUUUUUUUUUUAAUUAAUAAAAU